AUGGCCACCAAGCCUGUGACUAAGACGCUGGCGAGGCGGGUGAGGCGAGGCGUGAGCUGGGUUGCACCCGAUUGGGCAGCGACGCACGGCAGCAUUUGCGACAGGUUGUCAAGGCUGUGCUGCACUGUCAAGUGCGAAGGACGCGUGGCUCCCGGCAGGCCGGAAUUGUUCACUGAUUCUGGGUGGUUCAAUAUUCGUCCACAUCAGUGCUGCUGGCUUUGUGUAGAGCAGCGGAGCACCUUUACAGUUUCUCUCCACAACCUAAAUGGCGAGUUCCCAAAUUACAGGAUUUGUUGUUAUGAUUGUGAAGCCAGGCAAAUGUAA